AUGGCGGUUACCUUUUCCGAUCUGCACACAGAGGAGGGUGUCAAAUCCGUGGAGGAGCACCUCGCCGGAAAAACCUACAUCUCCGGGGAUCAAUUGUCCGUGGAUGACGUGAAGGUUUACGCUGCCAUUGUUGCGAAACCCAGCGAUGCUUUCCCCAAUGCUAGCAGGUGGUACGAUUGCGUGGCUUCCCACCUCGCCAAAAGUUUCCCUGGAAAAGCUCUUGGAGUGAGCUUCGGUGGCUCUGCUGCUCCAGCUCAAGCUGAGGCACCUGCAGCAGCGUCAGCUGAUGAUGACGAUGACAUGGAUCUGUUUGGUGACGAGACCGAGGAGGAGAAGAAAGCAGCAGAAGAGAGGGAGGCUGCUAAGAAGGACACCAAGAAGUCCAAAGAGAGUGGAAAGUCCUCUAUUCUCAUGGAUGUGAAGCCAUGGGAUGAUGAGACUGACAUGAAGAAGCUAGAGGAGGUUGUUCGCGCUGUUGAGAUGCCCGGUCUUUUAUGGGGAGCCUCAAAACUUGUACCAGUUGGUUACGGGAUCAAGAAGCUCACGAUCAUGCUCACAAUUAUUGAUGACCUCGUGUCCCCUGACAACCUCAUUGAAGACUUCCUCACCUCAGAGCCUAACAACGAGUACAUCCAGAGUGUUGACAUCGUCGCUUUCAACAAGAUCUAA